AAACUGCAUCACAGUCAGUUGAUCUACAAUCAUGAAGAUCGCAAUUAUUUUGGCAACCGUUCUUGCAACGGCUUUUGGAACCAAACUCCAAUAUGGAUUCCCAUCUUUCCAAUACUCUCCAUUCACCGGUAGAGUAGUUGGAGGUAAGGAAGCUCCAGCCCACGCUGCCCCAUACAUCGUUUCCUUGCAAUUUUUGGGAUCACAUUUCUGCGGUGGAUCCAUCAUUGCUGACAAAUACGUCCUCACUGCUGCCCAUUGUUUGGCCUAUCCUUCACUUCUCGUAAGUGCUGUUGCCGGUCUACACAACGUCGGAGGAACCUCGGGUUCUCAAUCACGUAGUGUUUCCAAACAAACUCAACACUCAAAAUACGGAGGUGAUGUAGGACCAUACGAUAUUGGUAUCAUCACCCUCAGCAAGGCUUUCGAUUUCAACGACAAAAUCCAACCCGUUGCCUUGCCAGCCAGCGGAGUCAUCCACAGUGGAUCCGCCACCCUCUAUGGUUGGGGAAGUACAUCGACCACCAGCACUGCAAGCAUGCCAAAAUUGUUGCAAACCGUCACCAAACCCAUCAUUGAAUACAGUGCCUGCGAAGCUCAUUUGGGAGGACCUGGAGCAUCACCUUUGGCCGACACCAACAUUUGCACUGGUCCAUUGACUGGAGGUAUCUCAGCCUGCAGUGGUGACUCUGGUGGCCCACUUGUUCAAGAGAAUGGAGGAAAGUUGGAGAUCAUCGGAGUCGUUUCAUGGGGAUACAUUCCAUGCGGAAGUGUUGAUGCUCCUUCCGUUUACACUCGUGUCUCUGCUUACAUCGAUUGGAUUAAGGAGAGAAUUUAAACAUUUAAUGUUUCUACAAAUACCAACAUGCAAUAAAGAAAAAUUGUAAAUA